ACGUUAUGCACUAAGAGCUUCUCAGUUUGCAUGCAGUUCAGCACGUUAAUAGCAUUUUGGCUAACAACUAGAACUUCACCAUCACACAAGCGUCAUGUGCCUGCCAAAGCGAGUCAGCGGUGCGAGCAUACAGAGCGUUUCCACAGCUAUAGGAAACCUUCUAUGCUUCAACUUUGGCUUAAUUUUCGGAAUUACGCCAGCACAUAUGACCCUGUAUGAGUCAGAGAUUAAAACGCCAUUGAACGUAGUCGCAGAUCCCACGGACACGGCAUUGUUAACCGGAUAUCUCUUUCUGAGUGCUGCAGUCGGCGCCGCAUUAUCCGGUUGCCUAGCAUUGCGAAUUGGUCCAAAAUCAGUGCUUCUUUGCUGUGGACUUCUGCAGAUUUUUAGCUGGUUCUGCAUUCACUUUGGCUUCGACAUCGUUCACAUCUACGCCUCCCGCAUCUUUGGAGGCGUGGCCGCUGGUGCCGCUUUUGUAGUUUUACCAAUUUUUAUUAAUGAAAUUGCCGGAAAUCGGGACAAGGCGGCUCGUUUGACCUUCACAAUCGAACUGUGGCGCACUUUGGGCAUCCUUUCUGGCAUUAUUCUGGGCUUCUAUGUGUCCUAUGAUUAUGUCAACAUCGUGGGCUGCAUCACAUCGUGUGCUUUCUCUCUGUGCUUUCCCUUUGUGCAGGAGAGUCCACACUAUUAUCUGAGAAAGGGAGAUGUUGCGUGCUUGGAGAAGUCCUUGCGUUGGUAUCGCGGCAUACGUGAUCUUGAUGAUCGUGAGAAGCCUGAGUAUCUGCUGGAGUUGGCCGAGUUCAAGGCGCAGCUAAAGGAUCAGGGUAAGAGUAUUGGCUCGUCGCCCUUGUCUCAUUGCUAUGUGGUACGUCUCAUCUGCGUGAGCUUUUUGCUCACCGUUUGUGCCAAGAUGAGUGGCGUCUUUGUCGAACUAAACUAUGCUGCUGAUUUUCUUGGACGCACUGGCUCCUCCAUCCAGUUGAAUUACUUGAUCCUUGCUUCGGCUCAAUGUGUGGGUGCGUUGAUGGCCCGUCUGUUUGGACCGCAUCUGCCGCGCAAGCUGCUGCUCUGUCUCUCCUCACUCCUCGCUGCCACUGCAGUCGCUGCCUUAGCCCUGUUCAAACAGUUUGGUCAUAACUGGACUCUCGGCAUCUGGUGCGAGCGAUAUCUUCCCAUUGUUCUACUCGCCUGUCAGCUCCUUUUUAUCAGCUUUGGACCUUAUCCUCUUGCCGCUGUCAUCAGCAGUGAAGUUAUCCCCACGAAGCUGCACGACCUGCUUUAUUCGAUUGCCUCGGCAUUUUCCUGGCUGCUGCUUUUCGGAAUGAUUGAGGGUUUUAAUGCUGUGAAGACAUCGCUUAGUCCUGGGCUAUUACCGUACUUGUUGGUCUUCGCAGCUGCCUCGAUAUUCGUAGGCCUUAUUUCACUGCCUCUGCUGCCCGAGACACGCAAUCGUCGUCUGUCGGCUGUGCAACGGGAACUGGGUUAUGUGGAGCAGGGGGCGAGGCAUGUGGCCAAGACAACCGAUAUCAUUAACGGACACAUUGCCACUCAUCUAUGAACAGCAGCUCCCAAUUAGUAGUACUAAGUUUUUGGUACACUUUUAUAAGUAAAUCAGUAUUUAAUAAAUUUAAGCAAAUGACAAAAAA